UAAUACCCGUCACUCACUUCCAACAACCGUCAAAAUGAAGGCCAUCAGCGUUCUCGUCUCUGCCCUCGCCACUGUGGCCAUUGCUGCUCCCACCAAGGAGGUUGAGGAGCGUGCCAACCGGUUCGACUUCUCGCGGGUCAACAACCUGAACCGGUUCAACUCCCUCGACAUCCAGUACCUGGCUUCCCUCAACAGCCUUGACCUCAACCUCCUGGCCCAGCUCACACAGGUCAACAACUUCAACGUUAACGGCUUCCAGAACCUGUUCCAGGGCAACACCUUCGACCUGAACACCAUUCUGCAGCUCCAGCAGCUCCAGACUCUCCUGUCCCUCGGCCAGGUUGGUGUCCUGAACAGCUUCGAUCUCUCCGGCCUUAACCUCGGCACCCUCAACCUGGGUCUCGUCAACAACAUUGGCGGCUUUGACUUCAGCCAGCUCAUCGACCAGUCUCUGCUCCCCCAGAUCCAGACGGUAGCACAGCAGCUUGUCACAGUCAUCCUCGUCUAAGGAGUCGAGGGAAUGGACCGCCACUCUUGCGCAUGAGCGGUUGGUGGGAGUUCGGACGUCUUGGAAAUAGAGAACGGGUUCACGGGGAACCAACUACGACAGUGACAAUAUACCUCGUGGCCCACUCACAACCCUCCCCGCCCAUCUCAUGGAUCAUGACUGGACCCCCUAUUCUCUAUCUCUCUCACACCCCUC